AUGUCUGUGGACGAGAAUCAAGUACCGGCGACGGUCCCGCACUCAGAAGCCGAUUCCGGGAAAAUGCCUCUCUCUCAGACGCCUUCUCCGUCCAGCUCCACAGACAUCAUGGUCGUGAACUAUGAUGGAAUCUCGACGCCAGUCGGGUACCCCAAAAACGUCUCUGUCGCUCCGUCUUCUUCAUUUAACCACGCCGGCAUCAUCCCCAAGAACACGGGUGACGUCGUGGCGACAGCCCCGUCCUCCGAAAAAGAUUCUCUCCCUCCCAGCCUUGCCGGGUCUCCCUUGUCAUCGAUUCCUACACCCAAACACUCAAACAUCCGGGGUGUGUACAAGGAUGAACACGAGCUGGAUCCCGUGCUCUACAAUGGCUACAGCAUCACAUCCAAGAAGGGCAUCAACAAGGAGAAAGCCGAUAUGCCCUUACUCAACCGAGAGUCUCGGCGGUACAUCCCGGGUCGGAAUUUGACCCUCUUCCCCAUCGUCCCGGCCCCGCCCCACGGGCUUCCGGGUCUUCCCUCGCUUGAACAAAAGCUUCCCAAGGGACAGAUUCGCAAUUUCGAAUCGACAAGUAUGUUCUCGUUACGAGACGUUGCCAAAGUCGAGAUUCUCGAGCUCAUCAAAGGCGGCAUCGGUCUCGGGAUACAGUUGUUCGAGUCCAAGGACCUGCACGACGUCCGGAAGCGAUACGUCGGUGCUGUUCUCAUGGAAUACAUCGAGGGUGCCUCCAUGGAGAGCAUGUGCAACCGCGAGAUUGUGUACGACGACGACUACUACGACGACGACGACGGGCGUGUUUUCAUGGUUCCCAAAAAUGCAUUCUUGAGUCCUCCUAGCUCUCAAGACGGCAAAUCCGGUGUGUCUUUUAGCGACCUGUCCGCCAGACUGAAUGUUUUCCGAACGCUGCUUGACGGCUUUGUAUCUUUCUUGCACGCGGGCAUCAACCGGAACAACGGCGACGACUUGGAAGAGCCCCGAGUGGUUUUCCUUGACUACAGCUACUCUGUUGUGUGGUCGGAUACCAUAACAAGCAAGGAGGGACGAGCGGACGACGACUGCCUCGACCCCCUCAUCCUGCAUGGAAGUACACCACCUGCAACCUCUCCCAGUUCGCCGGCUGGUUUCCGCCUGAGUGGACGGAACGCCCGGCUGCUUUUUGAGGACUGGCUCGAGAAAGAGUUUGGAGAGCUCGUCGAGGGAAAGUACUCGACGUGCGAGACGCUGGUAAGGGUCCUGGAACAGGCAUCGGAGGCCGCAAAGCGUAGGUACUUGGCCGAUUACCCGGGAAAAGCGGACGCCGAUCUGGAAAUGGGCGAUCGGACAUUGAUGCUGUACCCAGAGCGGGAGGAGCAAAGACUACGAGAAGGGGCCAUGUACAAAGAGACGACGGACAACUUUCAUGAAGCGAUGCGCCGUAUCAAGCAGUUUGAGGAGGAGGAGAAAUCUCGAGUCGACCAACCCGAGGACGUCGACGAGGAAUCCUGA